AUGAGCCACUUCCAGUGUCUGCUAGCUGCCCUUCUCAUGAAGCGACAGACGACGCUGCGAAAUCUGGAGGAGCAGCUGAUCCGCUCGCGCUGGGAAGAAGCGGACGAGCAUCGUCUCGCGCGCACGCCCUCCCCAAGCAGCCCCAUAGCGCACUACGAGGGACAGAUGUUGCAGAAGAUGGCGCAUGUUGUGCGGGAUCAAGCGGCCGACGACUACUCGAUGCUCCGAACGGAGGAUUUGCAAAAGGUGAUCGACAACAUCUUCAAGGAGGCCCCCGGCCUACUCGCCGACGUCCGCGCUGCGGCUAACCAUCUCGACGACGCAACGAAGCGCCAUGCUGAAGUCUUGAAGCGGUGCUAUGCUACAUCCAAGGCGGAGGCCCGGAAGCUGCGGAACCUGGGCCUGGACGACGUGGCGGAGAAUGGCCCCACCGAACAUCUCAUCCAGUUGCCCGAGAUGGAGGCGAUCGUCGAAUGGGAAGACCCGUGGCGGAGCGAAGAAGAAGAAGAAGAUACCAGCGAUGCAACUUUUACUGAAAGUUCGACCGCAGCACCCGAGACGGAUGAAGCGCACAAGAUCGCCCCGAUGGAGGCCGAGAAUGGCACGCCGAUGGAGAAGGACACGGACAUCUCGUUCAUCAAAGUGAUUACGAAGGCCGCCAUCGAGACCUUCCUGCCCGGCGGAAUGAAGGCC